AUGAGACUUAAUGGUAAUUAUACUUUAAUUUUAUGUUUCAUUGAAGUAUAAACAUAUUUUAUAAUAAUAUAGUAAGAAUAACGAUCAGCACGCUUUUUUGAUAUUUAUUUAGAAGAUGAAUUAAUUAAGGAACAAUUUGAUAUUUAUAAAGAAGCAGGUGGAAUCAAUAUUCCUUUAUAUUUUACUUUUGAAUUUGAAUUUGAUGGUAAAAAUAUAACUACAAAUCACAAGACUAUUUUUUAAAUGAAUGAUAAUAAAUUGCAUUUUGAUCUUAUUUUUAAAGGUAAAGGAGCAUCUAUUAGUGCAAUCAUUUUAUAUUAAGGAAAGAUAGAAGAUAUCUUAAAUGAUUUAGAAAGUGCAUUAUUAUCUAAAGAUUAGAUUGAAGCAACUUUUAUAAAUUAAAUUGAAUUUAUAAAAGCUUUAAAAUAAAAAGCAGCUCGAUAUGCUCAUAAAUAAAAAGGAAAGGGAAAUGAUAAUGUAAAUACAUUGAUGAAUCAAUAUUUAAGUCCUUUUUAAAAAUUAAUCAAUAAUUUCGAUAUUGGAAAUAAUGUAUAUAAUGAAAUUUCUAAUGGUUUAGAUCCAUCUUCAUUAGAGUUAUUUUUAGAUGCAUUUUUAAAUGUAUAUUCUAUUUAUUUAUAUUUAGAAUAUAUUAGUACCAUUAGGAACUGUACUUGUUUAAAUAUUAGAUUUUAUUUUAGAUAAUAAAGUUCUCUCUACGAUUUUAAUGACUAAUAUAAUAUUUUAUUAUUAUUGUUUUGGUAACAAUAAAUCUAUGUUUGCCAAUGUUCCAGUUGGUUUAGUAAGAAUUUUAUUUAUAAUAUUUAGGUUUUAGAUCCUGAAAUUGAGAGUGAAAUGGAAAUCAAUUAUAAUACAUAAUCACCAAAAUCAAGACAUGUUAAUGUUUUGAAAUCCAAAAAAAAGAAAAAAUGA